AUGACUGGGAGAGACCUGUUGGUGUACGAUGAUGUGCACUGUAUUGCCGACAUGAAGACGGACCACUAUAUGAUGCUGAAAAAGGCAUCACAAGCGGCCACUCCAUGGGCAGAUAUGGCUUUGUACGGAAAGUACAUAACAUAUUUCAUUGCAGGAUGGAUCUUCUUUGGGUCUGUGAAACAUUUCCUAUUCUCCAACUACGACGUUGACCGUCGUUCAGAUGGGCCUGCCAAAAUCUGGGAAAGACUCAUAGCUGCCGGCCGUUUUAUUGUGUACCGUCAGCUACCAACAAAAAUCUGCUCCCAACUGGGUCUGCCUACGUCUGUUGGUAGUUUAUUGCUGAUCGGGGCCGUCACUCUGUACAGUUUGCUUUGGUGUUUUGUUCCUCAUCCUUACUACCGCGCCUGUCUUGGAUUUGGGUCGCCUCCUUUGGGUGUUCGUGCUGGUUUCAUCUCCACAGCUUUUGUUCCAUUUAUUUUCAUCAUGUCUGGUAAAUCCAACAUUGUUGGCUUUCUCACGGGUGUUUCGCACGAGAAGCUCAACAAGUACCACCAAACAGCUUCGAUCUUGUGUCUCUUCUUUGGAUGGGUCCACACUAUCCCAUUCUACUACCAGGCAAACAAAGAAGGAGGAACCAGCAGAGUCCACGAGAAAAUGUACUCCGAUGCCAUCUGGGUGUCUGGAGUGCCUCCAAUCAUUUUCCUCACCUUGCUCUGGCUCGGAUCGUUGCGUAUCAUCCGCAAGUUCUGGUACGAAGCGUUUGUCUCGUUCCAUUGGGUGUUGGCCGUUGGGUUCUACAUUAGUCUGUUUUACCAUAUUUAUGACGAGCUACAGGCCCAUAAAUAUUUGGUGGCCACCAUUAUUGUCUGGGGACUCCAAUUCUUGUACAGAUGGUUUGCCAAGGGAUAUCUGCGUCCUGGACGUGUGAUGAAGAAGACCGUGGCGAAGAUCAGCCAGUUCGAGUCUCUGAACCAGAAAUGUGUCGAGCUCAUGGUGGAUCUUCCACUCAACGCAGUGCCGGGCCAACACGUUUUUCUUAGAGCUCUGGACAACACUGCGCUGCAGUCGCAUCCAUUCUCGGUGAUACCAACCUCUGUGGGCUUCAAGUUGCUCGUCCGUGUCUACGACGGGUUCACCAAGCACCUUUUUGAAACCGCAAGCCGGUCUUCAACCAUUUCUCUGCUGGUGGACGGACCGUAUGGAGGCGUGUCCCGUGACCCACGCAGCUUCUCGAACCUGUUCCUGAUCUGUUCCGGAUCCGGAAUCACCACGUGUCUACCUUUUGUCAGUUCGUACGCCUCGUUAUUGGACGAUCCGCGUGCUUCGCUGAGCAAAAUCCGCCUGGAUUGGAUCGUGAGACACUCUGACGACGUUUCCUGGGUGAGAGACGAGCUCGUUGCUAUUUAUGAUACUUUCAAGAUGGAAACCAAAACCGGCGCGCUGGAGAUCAACAUCUACUGUGUCCAGUCUUCUGAAAAGGAGCAGGUGAUAGGACCUGAAUACAACAAGUUCAAGCCUGCAGUGAAGGAGCUGGUGAGAAACUUCUCACUCGGCAGCACUAACUGUAUCAUCAGUUCUGGAUCGCAUGCUUUGAAGAACGAAGUUGGCAACGCUGCUGCCCGUCUUCAGAGCCAAGUUGGAAAAGUUCGCGAGGUUUAUUUGCAUACAGAGGAAUUUAGCUUCUGA